GUCAACACAUAUACAAGACGUCACAGUAGUCACAGACGUCACAGUCAUAGAUAGCUUGUGUGGGGACGCCCCUGCAUUGACAGAUGAAACCCAGCGCAGACAAACAAGAGAGGGAGCUCACAACUGCACCAUCAUGUUUUCUCUGCUCUUCAACGCCUCCCUCCACAAGAAAGAAGGGGAACCCUUCUUGGAGUUUCUAAACGACUCCUAUCCCUUCUGCAGCCAGUUCAUGAGUGGUCAGUGGUACUGCUACAUCCUGCUGGUGCUCUUCUCCUUUGCGCUGCCCGUGGGCAUCGUGGGCAACAUCGCCGCCCUGAUGGCCUUCAGCUGCUUCCGCAAGACUGCCACGCCGGGCACGGUGUUCCUGCUGAACCUGGCGCUGUGCGACACGGCCUGGCUGCUCAUCCUGCCGUUUAACAUCUACUUCACGCUGCAGCGGCCCUACCUGCGUGGUAUCCACACCUUCUGCCAGCUCAAGAAGAUGUCCUUCAACGUCAACAUCUACGGCAGCAUCUUCUUCCUGACGCUGGUCAGCUUCGACCGCUACGUGGGCACGGUGCACCCCAUCCGCUCGCUGGGCUGGUGGGAUGUGGGCCGGGCGCGGCUCUUAUCCGGCACGACCUGGGCGCUGCUGCUGCUGGGCUCCAUCCCGGACCUGUUCGUCACGUUUGGCGUGAGGCGGCCCGGCAACGUCACCGUCUGCAUGGACCACAUCCAGGGCCCGUUCGAGUAUGUCAAGACCAUCUCGCUGGUGCGCACGCUCGUGGGCUUCGUGCUGCCCUUCGGCGCCAUGCUAGGCUUCUACGCGGAAACCGUGCGGGCCAUCUGGGGGCUGCCCGGUCGGCGGGGAGGAGAUCCAAAGCGCGGGCGCUCGGUCACGGGCAAGCCGCUGCUGCUCAUCACGGCGGCACUACUGGUGUUCAUGGUGUCCUUCGUGCCGUACCACAUCAUGAUCGUGGCGCUGGUGUUCCUGCGCGUGCGCGGCCUGGUGACCUCGGCCAACACCGGCGUGCUGUAUGCCGCCUACGAGUUUCUGGAGGCCAUGUGCAGCGUCAGCAGCUGUCUGGACCCUGUGCUCUAUAUCCUCGCCAGCGAGCGCUUCCAGAAGAGGCUUCAGAGGCUCGGGCGUGGGAGAUCGGCGAGAGGAGGGGAAGAACGAGGUGGAGGAGGACGAGGACCCCCCAUUGGGCUCUGCAGCCGAGCCAGCAGGAGGGUGGGGGUUGAGGGAUGAUGACCUCAAAGUGGAGACGAUUGAAAAUGAACUCUUGAAAAUACCUCAAAUCACAUAAAUA